AUGGACUUGUACGGGAUUGGGUGGAAUAGAAACCAAUCAGAAGAGAGACAUCCACAAAUAGAAAGAAAUCAAGUUUCCUUUGGGAGAUUUCAUGGCCACUCCCAAUCUCAUGUCCGCCACAUUAGCAGAUCUCAUGGCCACCCCUCCAGAAGAUCUUAUAGCCAUGUCAGGAGCACUCCUGUCAACUCAGAUAGACCACAUCAUGACCGCUCAGUUAGACCCCAUCAUGAACACUCAGAUGGACGCCAUCAUGACCACUCAGUUAGACCCCCUCAUAAACACUCAGAUGGACGCCAUCAUGACCACUCAGGUAGACCUCAUCAUGACCACUCAGAUAGACACUAUCGUGACCAUUCAGGUAGAUCUCAUCAUGACCAUUCAGGUAGGUUUCAUCUUGGCCACACAGGAAGAGCUCAUCCUAGCCACUCAGGUAUAGCUCAUCAAGACCAUGCAGAAAGAGCUCAACUUAGCCCUGCAGGACGAGCUCAUCCUAACUAUACAGGGCUAGCUCAUCACAACCAUGCUGGGAGAGUUAAUCAUGACCAUUCAGGGAGAGCUCAUAACAACCGUACAUGGAGAUCUCGCAGUCAUGAAGAGAGAUAUCGUGGUUGA